CGCCCAAAGGCAUCUUGUCUUCUACGCGUUCAUUCAACCUCCCGAGCCACAUAUACUUGCGACGAUACGUUCCUAAGUCUAGGAAGUUGAGUAGCUAAUUAUUGUAGGGGAUAUUUGGGUGCAGUCGCUUCCAUAGGUCUCAACACCACUAGGAACUUGGUCGCGUAAUUUGUACGAGAACAUCUACGUGGCGACUCCCCUAGACUCCUCAAAACUACAGACAAUAUGUCGGAAACAUUGUAUGCUUCUUGUGCCCAAGUACUCUCUUUAGCUCAGGCGGAAAAGGACAACCUUGACGCGCUCUUGGAUCCCGAAAAGGGAUUUGCGCCUUGUCUACGUCAGAUAUGCCAUGAUAGAUGGGCAGAGCUGAAGGACAAACCCGAAGGCUCAGUGUCACCGGAGGAAUUGGAGGCGUUGAGAAUGGAGAGAGAUACAUGGGGUUUACUGCAAGCCGUUAUGCCGCUUCGAAAACUGAUACCCCAGUCACAUCCAAAUGCCCAAGCCCUCCUCCUCCAGAAUCCUUAUGCUCCAACGUCCGAACUCGCUGAAGCCAUUAUGAACUCUUCCCGCUUCCUCACUGAACUCGUUGCUGUACGCGAAUGGCUGCAAGAUAUAGCACCAUAUCCACCUGCCGGCCCUGGCCCAGCCACCGGGUACUGGAAGUUUACCAAGUACGAGGUGCUACAAAACACUCGGAUGGGAAAGGGAAAGGAAAGAGAGACGGCAGGAGCAUUCGUGAUGGAACUGGACCCUGACGCACCAAACCGAACGGGGAGGGCACUGGCUGCUGAUGAUGCGACGUAUGACAAGGCUCUCGCGCAAGUAUUAUAUGCGCUAAUACGUGCGGGGAAAAUUCAAGAAGCUAUUGACAUAUGUCUGAAAGCUCAGCAACCUUGGAGAGCCGCGAGCAUUCGAGGGACAAUGGUAUUCCAAUGGAGAGCACUUAGCGCUAAUCAGACAAAAGAUGAAGAUGCUAUGGAGGACGACGAAGAUUUCUCCAACAGUUGGAGAGGCAACCAACAUCGAAAGCUCUGGAAAUCAACUUGCGAGCGCGCGGCUCUGAACCCUAACCUUACUGACGCCGAACGUGCACUCUAUGCUGCUCUCGCACCUUGUCCUCAAACCUCAACUACCCUCAAAGCUGCAUGCAGAACAUGGGAAGAUCAUCUCUGGGCACAAGUAUGUAUUAUAUGUGAAGAGAAGGAGAGCGAAGAGUUGGCGAGACUGAGGAAUAGUUUUUGGGAGGGCACUUUGGGCCUGAGUGUGCCUGAGGAGAAUAUGGACGUUGAGAGAGGGGAGGAGGAAGAAUGGGAGAAUGAUGUGGUGAAGAUCUUGGAGGGCUUGUCAAAUGCUAGUGUCGAGGAGGGAUCACCGGCGGAAGAUCCUUACCAUAUUUCUCAGUUACACAUCAUCCUGGACCGAACAGACCAGCUGCUGCAAGAGUUUGCAGCAUCGUUGGCAAAGGGUGAAUACGACACGUCGUCACCACAAUAUCCUACCAUGACUCGUUUCUUUGCACAUCUAUGUCUUUUCCUCCAGAUGAUUGACAUCACACCACCUCCACUCGCCACUCAGGUUGUCUUAGAGGCUUAUCUCCGAGUCCUCGAGGCUGCCGGAGAACGAGAACUCAUUGCGAUGUAUGCCGGUGCACUAGGCGACAACGCAAUUGAACGAUAUGCCAUGUUUCUCACCUCGCUUGCGAUCUCUGCGGAUACCGACGAACGAAAACUCGCGUUGAAGAGGGCGCGAGAUCAUGGGCUUGAUAUAGAUCGUGUUGCGGUGGUUACUGCUGAACGGACCAUUGAAAAAGCGUUCGAGCUGUUGCCACGUGCAGCUGAGCUUUUACCGGACGUUACAGGUGAACAAUCUGAAGCGUCGGAUGUCGAGUCUCUUCUGCUUAGGUCGAUUGAAUGGACAACGUUCAUGGAGUCGACUUACUACACUGCUCUCGAACAGGCCAAUGUCAUUCUACGGUACUUCCUAGGAGUUGGUCGUCUGCCGCUAGCGAAGGCUUUCUUAAAGACGCUUCCACCUCAGCUGAACACACUCCGAGAACCGGAAGUUCAAGCAACGGAGUUCUUGCACUAUCGACAGUUUUUCAUGGUGUGGGAGGCACUCGAUAGAGUAGUCCAAUUUGAAGCUUUGGGAGAGUCAGAUAUGGCUUCUCAAACGAGGGCCGCGUGGUUGGAGGACUACAAGAUCCUUUUGCAACAAGCGCGCGAGCAGGUUACGAGAUUGCUCACAACUGAAUGGUUGGUCUCUGAAGAAGAGAGGAUGAACGGAGAUGACCGUCGACUUCGCGAACUUAUUCGUAUCCGACAGAUCUAUAUCCCGGUCAUUAUCAAACAACUUCAUACCAUUCUAUACAGGUCACGGAGGAAGGUCCCAGAGAACCUCAAGCACGCUCUUUUAUUGGCAAACAUCGUCGCCGAUUCGAGGUACAGGCUGUAUGAGGAUUUUGUCGCUCAGGAAGGGAGACGUCUGGGCGAUUACCUUGCAUUGGUGAAGCAGGCCGUCCUCGGUGGUUUAGAGGGUGGUGGAUCAGAUGCAUUCCGAGUACUUCAUACAUAGCCCGUGCACAGGCUAUUUUAUUCUGUCCCUAACCCAGAAAUCGCUGUUGGCCCUUAUAUUUUAAGGGUAUCAUAUGCGGUUUCAAGAGACCAGACCAGUGAUCACACCAUGCCUAGACAAUGAAGGGGACUAGACCGGAAGUUGAGGGGCAUGAGCCACGCCUAUAUAAUGGACCAAAGAGAAUUCUUCUGCUUCGUCC